GUGCCAAGUUCAAAUUUUUUAUUGCAAACGGGAGCGGAAAUUUAUGGCUAACCAACAAGCAAUGCCUAUCCGACAUAGUAGCAAUAAUGUCUGUGCUCCCAUGAUACCCUUCCUCCCUCGUCGCCCGAUGAAUGUUGCUGCUGUUGAGCAUCGUGGCCGGUGGACGUUGGGGCGUACUCUACAGGUCCGAUGCACUGCCGCAAGUCGUAUAGCUCCUUUGCGGCGGUCGGCAAAUUACCAGCCGAACAUAUGGACUGAUGAGCGUGUGCAAUCCCUCACGGGCAACUCCACGUUGGAACAAGAAGAGAAAAUUAAGAGAAUAAACAUACUGAAGGAGCAAACCAGGGAUCUGAUACACCAGAAGCAGCAAGUAGCAGAACAACUUCAACUAAUCGACCACCUGCAACAGCUCGGCGUGGCUUACCACUUCAAAGGCGACAUUGCAGACGUUUUGAGUCAUCUUCAUGCAUCUUUGGACCAUGUAAGCUGGCAGCUGAAGGAAGAUCUCCAUUCCACAGCGCUGCUCUUCAGGCUCCUCAGAGCAAAUGGUUUCUCUGUUUCACAAGAUUUGUUCAAAACUUUUAGAGAUGAGAAGGGAAGCUUCGAAGUUCGCUGUGAGAACAAGAUCAGAGGGCUUCUGAGUUUGUAUGAGGCUGCCUACCUCGAGAAGGAAGGAGAGAUUGUGCUGAAGGAAGCCAUGGACUUCGCGACCGAGCAGCUGAAAGGAUUCAUGGAGGAGGGAUCUGUUCCUGAGGCUGGCGGUCUCAAAGAGCGAGUGGCCCAUGCCCUGGAGCUGCCAUUGAAUUGGAGGCUGGAACGAGUACAACACAGGUGGUUCAUUGAAGCAUGCCAUGCCGACAACACCAUCAACCCUCUCCUACUCGAGUUUGCUAAGCUCGACUUCAAUAUGGUUCAGGACAUAUACAAGAGUGAACUCAGAGAGCUCUCCAGAUGGUGGUCAGAGCUUGGGUUUUCAGAGAAGCUGCCAUUUUUCAGAGACAGAUUAACUGAGAAUUAUCUGUGGGCAGUCGGUUUCACUUAUGAACCAGAUAGCUGGAGAUGCAGAAUGAUCGAAACAAAGGCAAUCUGUUUUAUUACACUCAUAGAUGAUAUUUAUGAUGUCUAUGGAACCUUAGAUGAACUCCAGCUCUUCACUGAUGUCGUCGACAGAUGGGACUUAACUGCGCUUGACAAGCUUCCAGAGUACAUGACGCUAUGCUUCUUUGCACUAUUCAACACGGUGCACGAAGAAGGUUACCGUGUAAUGAAGGAGAAGGGCCUGAACAUAGUGCCGAACUUAAAGAGAACAUGGAGAAAUCAAUGCAAAGCCUACUUUGAAGAAGCAAAAUGGUUCCACCAUGGCCAAACCCCCAAGAUCAGGGAGUACUUGGAGAAUGCAUGGGUAUCAGUCUCCGGUCCGAACAUUCUAUUUAGUGCUUACUGUGUGGGCAAAGACUUAACUCAAGAGGCCUUGAAAAAUUUCCCCAGUUACCAUGAGAUCACACGCUCCUCCAGCAUGCUUCUUCGUGUUUACGAUGAUAUAGGCACUUCGACGGAUGAGAUAGAAAGAGGCGAUGUAGCGAAAUAUAUUCAAUGCAGCAUGCAUGAGAAAGGUGUCUCAGAGGAGGUGGCACGGGGGGAGAUGAGAGAAUUGGUGAAGGAACACUGGAGAGUAGUGAAUGGAGCUCUUAGUUGGGAUUCUCCAUUUGAAGAGUACUUCAAGAAUGCAGCAGUUAAUUUGGCUCGGACAUCACAGUUCUUUUAUCAGAGUGGGGAUGGAUAUGCCAAGGCUGAUGGAGAAACUAAGUCUCAAAUCAUUUCGGUAUUACUUGAACCUAUCCAAAUCUGAAAUGAAUUCAUCCACAUUCUAUCAUUGUUGUUGUGCGUCGUCGUCGCAGAGGGAUUCUGUCUAAGUAGAAUUUUCAUUCAUCCAAUUAAAUAAAUGGACAUCUUCAUUGAGAUAAUUGA